UUUGGAUUUCCAAAUCCGGUGUACAUAAAUUUAAUACGGGAACCAUUUGAUCGCUUGUUGUCUUAUUAUUAUUUUCUUCGUUAUGGUGACAAUUAUCGCAUUGGCUUGAAAAGAAGCAGAGCCGGUAACAACGAGGUGAUAUCUCUGCUUCUUUUACCAAGUUUACAUCUGCUGCGGAAUGUCAGAAAAAGAUAUCAUCAAGUAAGACGGAAAUCGCUGUUCAGUGAGCAUUCAAGCGAAGAGCAGGUGACGGGGUCGGCAUAA